AUGUCCGACGAGCAGACUUUCAUUGCCAUCAAGCCCGAUGGUGUCCAGCGUGGUCUCGUUGGUCCCAUCAUCUCUCGCUUCGAGAACCGUGGCUACAAGCUCGUUGCCAUGAAGCUGUGCCAGCCCGGCCAGGACCACCUCGAGAAGCACUACGCCGACCUCGCCGGCAAGGGUUUCUUCAAGGGCCUCAUCUCCUACAUGCUGAGCGGCCCCAUCUGCGCCAUGGUCUGGGAGGGCAAGGAUGCCGUCAAGACCGGCCGUACCCUUCUGGGUGCCACCAACCCCCUGGCCUCUGCCCCCGGUACCAUCCGCGGUGACUUCGCUAUCGAUGUCGGCCGCAACGUCUGCCACGGCUCUGACAGCGUCGAGAACGCCAAGAAGGAGAUCGCCCUCUGGUUCACCCCCACCGAGGUCCUGAAGUGGAAGAACACUCAGGCCCAGUGGGUCUACGAGUAA